AUGGGACUUCAAGGUCGGAUUAUGCUAAGAAUACCGUGGUUAGUGCUUCUGUUCUCUACAUCUUUCGGAGAUUUAAAUGAGACUAAUUCUACGGAGACUGUGAGUUGCUACAGAGAACAUGAUUAUGACGAUUUGGAUGUCCGAUCGGUAACGGGAAAGUGGAAGAUUGUGGAACUGUACUUGCAUAUGAGUAAGGAAGGUGUCACGACGUAUAAAAGUUGUCCAACCGUUGUGAUUUGGGAAGAGGACGAUUUUCCAAGAUCAACGUUUGGGCCUUCAACAGAGAACCAACAACUACACCACGUGCAAGCGAUAAGCGCACAGUUUAGACACGAAUAUAGACAUUUACGCCUGUUGUGGGAUGAAGCAGGACAGACUCUUGAAUAUGCCCUCUAUUUCCGAAACGACUCUGCUGGAUAUUGGCAGACUUUUGACGUACAAAAUGGUACUCUCGCUGCGAGGCCGUCGUAUCAGCAGUUUACAGGGACUGUGCAGGUCUUAAAAGCGGUGAACGACCACUUGGUCCUCAACUUUUGCCAAGAAGCCAACGCAAAUGCACCAGCUCAGCUGUAUUCGGUGUUGUUCUCGAGGGAUCCAGGACAGAUGGCGCGCUGGGAAGUCGAAGCUGUACACUCGAUGCUACAGACUAAAAAACUUUCAGUAGCCUCAAGAAGAAUGGUCUGCGGAAAUGGAUCAGACAGGGCGAUGUAUAGUGUUACAUUUUCUAUUCUCUCUUGUUUAUUCGCUUUUAGUUUGUUUCAGUGA